CAUCCAUCCAUCCAUCCAUCCAUCCAUCCACUUAUCCAUCCAUCCACCACCAUCUACCAUCGCCAGGCUUCUCUCCCACCAGCCAAGCGGGCGCGUGGCCUGGUAGUUUCAAACUUCCAUCACACAUAAGGCUCCGCCUCCAAAGUCGACAGUACUCGGCCCGAUCGAGUCAUGGCUCCAUCGUCUGCGCCCCAACCCCGCAAUGUCGGGCAUUUCGCGAUUGCGGCUUUUCUGCCAGACAGAUUCCAUACUCAUUCACUCACUUAAGAUGCUGCGAGCAAAGUGCUAGAUGGGCUCAAGCCGUCAUGGCGAUAGCAGGGGCGUACAACAAACAGCCUACACCAGCAUGCUGGAAGCGACGAACGAGGUCAGGCAGCCCGUAUGUGUGGUAGGCAACGGCCUGUUUCGGCCUGCUCUGGGGCGCGAGCAAGGUCAGAAACCUCGACCGUGAGACCAAACCACGAGCCACCACCAUCAUCUCCUCGUUCAUCCCCCCCUCACCGUCCCCGGUCCUGGCCGGGGCGCCACUACGCCAACACCAGUCCGAUUACAGCAGAGACCCUAAAAUGAGAAGGGAAAAAGGCUUUCCCCCACCUUUCCGGCGGGGCAAGCCGCAAAUCACAUUCGGGAUCCCAGACACGCGGGGGACCCUGACUAUCAGUCUAUCAGUCAUUGACGUGCUCGACUCGACCCGAUAUCCGAACCUGCGCCCUCUCGCCCGUGUUUCUGCCCUGGAGAGCUUCUCACGACUCAGGACAAUUACUGCCCUUUACUGUCGCCACGUUACAUAGCAGCCAAUUUGACUGCUAUACACUACGGGGUUUUAGUUCGUUGUUUCUGAACUUGCAGACCAAACAAGGACAAGAGGAGGGGGGAAGAAAGAAAGGAAAGGAAAAGAAAAAAGUUCGCCGACAAUCUAGACGAAGAACAAAAUGGCUGCCUCGCGCACCACCGCCGCCUCCCGUCCACUCUCGGCCGUCCUGCCGCCGCUGGUUCUCGGUACGGCCACCUUCAACUACCAAUACGUCUCGGACCCCGGCCGUAUGCCCUCGGUCGACAUCGUUUCGCGCGCCCUUGACCUUGGCGUCACGGCCUUCGACACCUCCCCCUACUACGGCCCCUCCGAGUCCAUACUCGGUGAUGCCCUGCGCAGCCUCUCGCCACCCCGCGAGUCCUACUUCCUUGUCACCAAGGCAGGCCGCAUCGCCCCGACCGAGUUCGAUUAUUCCCCCGCCUGGAUCCGCGCCUCGGUCCGCCGCAGCCUCGACCGCCUCAACACCUCGUACCUCGACCUCGUCUACACCCACGACGCAGAGUUCGUCUCCCCCGACGACGUCGUCGCUGCCGUCCGUGAGCUGCGCCGCCUUCGCGACGAGGAGGGGCUCGUCCGCUACGUCGGCAUCUGCGGCUAUCCCGUGCCUGUCCUCUGCGAUCUUGCCGAGAAGAUCCUCCGCGAAACGGGCGAACCCAUCGACGCCGUCCAGUCCUUUUCGCACUUUUGCGUACAAAACAACACCCUUGGCACCGAUGCCGUCUUAUCGCGCCUCCGGGACGCUGGUGUCGGUGUCGUCACCAACGCGAGCAUGCUGAGCAUGGGCCUGCUCACGACGCGCGGUGUCGAUGACGGGCCCAUGGCGAGCUGGCACCCGGCCCCGAGCCCGUUGCGCAAACUGUGCAAGAGCCUCGCCAUUAUCGCCGAGGCCGCGGGCGAGAAGAUGGAGGAUGUCGCCCUCUACUGGGCCAUGUCGAACUGGGCUCGCGUCGGUCGCGCCUUUGGCAGCGAGUUGCUGCCGCCCACCUAUAACAUCCCCACCAAAGUCGGCGUCAGUGUCAUGGGCGUCACGUCCGUUCCCGAGCUGGAGGAGACGGUUCUCGCUUGGCAAACUAUGUUGCACGAGCUCGUGGCCGAGAGCAGCAGCGGCGGCGGCGACAAGACGCAGUCUAAUGCUUCCACGGCGUGCCGUCGGCACGACAAGAUCCAGCGCCUCGUGACGGAACAAAUGUGGCCGGCCCUGGGAGAUUGGCGUAACUAUAGCUGGGCCAGCCCUGGUGAGGAUUUCGUAAAUCAGCGUGCCCAGCAGGCCUCCACCACCGCCGAGCCCCAUUUGUAGAUGUAUCCCCAGGAAUUCUUGCAGUCACAACCCUUUGGAAUUCGGCAUUUUCGGCGUUUCCUCAAUAAACAGAAUUGUGAAGCUGAGACCUUCGUCAUCUCGGCUUUCUUAUUUCCACGUACUCGGACGGUAGUAGAAUACAAUGAAUCAGCCAUUCACAUGGCAAAAAAAAAAAAAAAAAGAAAAAGAGGGGGGAGAAACAAGUAGCACGUCUAAACAAUCAAUCCACUCUACCUUCCCAAAUGCCACGCUAAACGCCCUGAGUGCCCUUGAGUUUCUCACCCAGAGUGUAUGCAAAAAUGAAAAAAGUCUCCAAGUUUUCGCGCCGAGUUGCCGCCACCAGCUGCGACAAAAUACCGCAUUUCCCCGUAACACCCUCGUCGUGAUUU